AUGCACUGGACACCAGAGCAUGCCCAGCCCCUGAAUCAGUGGCCAGAGCAGCACCUUGAUGUCUCCUCCACCACCUCCUCACCUGCCCACAAAUCUGAUCUCUACCAUAGCAAUAGGCAGCGCUUCAACUAUGCCUGGGCCAAUGAUGACAUCUCUGCUCUGACUGCUUCCAACCUGCUGAAGAGGUAUGCGGAGAAGUACUCAGGAGUCCUCGACUCCCCUUAUGACCGGCCAUCAGCACUCAACACCUAUGGGGAUGGUGCCUUCGGACCCCUCAAUGGACAGAAGGGGGAGGUGGAGCCUUGGUCAAUGGCCCACAGCGCCGAAGGAGUUUACCCUCUGACCCCAAUGCAUGAUGGACUGUCCAGCUCCAAGGGGAUUGUCCCUCCUCCUGUCACACCGGGUAAUGGUCUUGGUACAUCCCCCGUGGUUUCCACUAACCUGUCUGACUCAAUUUAUCCCAGUAACACUUGUGGUGGACCCACCACAUCUGGCAGCCUCGGGGCAUCUCAGGAGUAUCCGUCGGGCUACAGUGGAGCCUACCUGCCCUCAGGCUAUUGCAGCCAGCCCACUUCAGCACUUCCCCCUCCGCACCCACCCACCCACCUGCAUAGCUCUGGCCUCUUGCAGCCCAGCCAUCCUUCCACCACCCUUGUCCCUGGAUAUACUUCUUCAGGACCCAUGUACAAUUACACUUCAGGGAGCUACCCAGCCCAGCCCAGUUAUGGUGCCAUCCACCCUCCCCAUCCUUCAGCUUCAUAUUUACCCUCAGGCAUUGCUGCCCCCACACCCAUCCCCCCUUCCUCUCGCCCUCCUGUGGUCCCUGGUUACAGCUAUCAGAGUCCUCUCUCUGUAGCACCCUUGAGUGGUGAAUCAGGGAGCUCUUUGAAAAGAAAGGCCUUUGAUAUCGCUGGCGGGGAGGAUGAUGGCGAAGGCAGGUAUCGCAAAUACAGCUAUGAGCAACCAAAGUCCCCAUAUCAGAUGUCCGACAAUGGUGAAUGUAGAGGGAAUGGAUUCAGCCGGAGCUCAGAGGUGCCUUUCAAAGGUGGGAAAAGGCCAAGUGGAGCAGGAGUGGUGGCAACCACAGUGGCUUCCGAGGAGCCCAUUGGAAAGUUCAACAACCAGGCUAUGAAAGGAAUGGUCUCUCCAGCUUACAGUGUUAGUGAAGCCCCACUGAGGGCUAGUGAGAGCUUUGAGAAAUUCACUCCUCCAGCUGCCAAUGGGGAGCAUGAGGGGGACUCCUUUGCUCUAAGGAUGCAGCCCAAAACAACAGCAUUCAGCGGUGACAAUAGCAGCCAGCCAGUAGAAGAACAGCUGAAAACCAUGGACCCUUUCAUUCUGGAAUUGGUGAACAACAAAGUAAUUGACUGUGGCCCUCCAGUCCAGUGGACGGACAUUGCAGGACAAGUCUCUGUCAAAGCUGCCAUUGAAGAAGAGCUUGUAUGGCCCAUCCUGAGGCCUGGCGCAUAUACUGGUGCAAGCCAACCACCCAGAACCAUCCUGCUUUUUGGGCCUCGUGGUGUAGGGAAGACCCUGUUGAGCAGGUGCAUUUCUACCCAGCUGGGAUCUACCCUGUUGAAGCUCAGUGGGACAGCCUUAGUCUCCAAGUGGAAGGCUGAGGCUGAGAAAAUCCUACAGACCACCUUCUUUAUAUCCAACUGUCGGCAGCCUGCUGUUAUUCUCCUCACCGACUUGGAAUCUGUCCUAGAAGACGCUGCCAUCUUGAAGUCCCAGUUGCUCACCUACCUGGACAAGCUUGCUACCUCAGCUGAGCAGAAUGUGGUUGUCAUAGCAACCACCACCAGGCCUGGUACUCUGGAUGAAGCCACCCAAAGAAGGUUUGCCAAACGAUUUUACAUCUCCCCGCCAGACAGCAUUGCAAGGCGGCAGAUUCUGCACCAUGCUUUAGCUCAGCAAAACUACUGUCUCAGUGAGAGGGAGAUGGCCUCCAUUGUCCAACUUACUGAAAGCUACUCGGGCAGUGAGCUGCUCCAGCUCUGUCAGCAGGCAGGGACCAACAAACUGCAUAGCCUGCCUGGCCAAAUCCAACCCACUUCCUACAAAGAUUUCGAAAGUGUUUUCUGCAAGAUCCACCCUGCUGUCUCUCAGAAGGAGUUGGACCUGUAUGUGGAAUGGGAUAAAAUGUAUGGGUCUCACAAUUAGUGGGGAAGCGCCU